AUGGCGAGAAAGAGUAAGGGACGACAAAAGGUUGAGAUGGUGAAGAUGAAUAAUGAAACCAAUCUCCAAAUCAUUUUCUCCAAAUACCGAGCCGGACUUUUCAAGAAGGCGAGUGAAUUGAGCACUCUACGUGGGGCUGAGAUUGCUAUUAUCGUCUUCUCACCCGGUCGAAAGGUCUUUUCUUUUGGUCAUCCUUGUGUCGAGACUGUGUUGGAACGUUUUGUUAGUGGUAAUCCACCACAAGCUACUUCUGGAACCAUGAAACUCAUUGAGGCUCAUUUGAACGCUAGUGUCUGUAAGCUCAACACUCAGGUUCUGAACCAACUCGAAAUCGAGAUGAAGCGAGGCGAGGAGCUUAAUCAUAUGAAAAAGACAAAUGAGAAUCAAUGUUGGUGGAUGGCUCCCAAGGAAGAUAUGAGCUUAACACACUUCAACAAUUGA